GUGUGUGAGAAAGUCCAAUAAUUUUUUAUCUAAAUCAUAUGCUCAGGGUGGCUCCAUAAUCAUGCCCAUGUCUGUAUUGUCGUCGGCAGGGUGUAUUUGUUAGUCUGCCGUGCUUCUAGGCAAUAAUACGUGUCCUACCGGCUUCAAGGCUGAAUACGAAGGCUACGUGAUGGCGAACUACUACAGCCAACAGGCGGGCGAGUAUUUAUGCGUCGAUAAGAGUCCUGUCAAAGGUACCGGCACGACGAACAAGAACUGGGGACGACUUUAUCCAACAGAGUACCAGUGCGGUAACCUGCCGUGCAGCAAAUAUCCGAAUGGGAACGAAGUUUCUUGCGUCGUUUGUUCACCAGACGGGCCGUCGUCGGGUUCAACGUACGUUCGAUGGGGCAGAAGCGACUGUCCGUCGUCUGCUCAAUUGGUGUACGCCGGUCGAGCUGCGAAUGCCGACUCUAACUACUACGGUAGCGGUGCUAAUUCCCUCUGUUUGACUGAUUCUCCUAAUUUCCCGUACGUGAAGUCGGGCGUUCAGACUGGAGCGCGGCUGCGCGGACUACGUUACGUCACCGGCUCGUACGGUAUCCAGUCGUUGAAACAGCGCGACAACUACGCCGUGCCGUGCGCCGUUUGCUUUACGCCCAAUCGCGAAUCGAAUAUCAUGCAGCCGGGCAGAGACGACUGUCCGGUCGGUUGGGAGUUGCAGUACUCCGGAUAUCUCUUCGGAUCUUACUAUUCACACAGGAAGACCAAUUUCAUGUGUGUCGACAAGGGAGCGCAAUCACUAGAAAGAGCCACCCGCAACUGCUACAUCUACCCUGCGGAGAUCGAGUGUGGUAGCAUUCGAUGCAACAACGGACCCGGUGGUUACCGACAUGAUUAUGAGAUUACCUGCGCUGUAUGCACACCCGAUACUAAACGCAAGGGUGUUACCUACACUCGCUGGGGAAGACGAGGUUGCUCUGCGAAGGAUCGUCUCGUUUACUCAGGAUUCGCAGCAAGUUCCUAUCACACACACAGUGGAUCCGGAGCCAACGCUCUUUGUAUGGCAAAAUUGGCUAACUACGGCGAGUACAACAGCGGUAACCAAUACGGCGCCCAGCUGUACGGAUACGAGUACAACCCGUGGGGAUUGUAUGGUAACUACCAAGCCGUCAAUCAGCGAGAGGUUCCGUGUGCUGUUUGUGAGAACAACCGAGCGGUUUCGACUUUCACGCUGUGGGCCAAUACCACGUGUCCUACCGGGUUCACGACCGACUACACAGGCUAUAUUUUCUCUACUUACUAUUAUCGCUGGUACAAGAACGAGUUUGUGUGCGUCGACGUCGAUCCCGAAUACUAUGAGAACGGAUUGGGAACGGGAAGCCAGAAUCAGGCGGAACUGGUACCGGCCGAGUUUGAAGCUUGUACUCAGUUUUCGUGUCCGCCGUGGGUGCAAGACCGUGAACUCGCUUGCGCACAGUGUAGCAAUACCAAACUGAGUGAUGAUGCUCAACCGGUAGACUGCGAGGUGGGCAACUGGUCCGAGUAUACCAACUGUACCGUAGCGUGUGGAGGUGGCACUCGUAAUCGUUCUCGUACGAUUACAGUCCGUCCUUUGAACGGAGGAAGGGCCUGUCCCCCGUUGGAAGAGCAGCAGGUGUGUAAUACUUUCGCGUGUCCUGACGUCAUUCAUUCAAACUCGACGUACAUCCAUUGGGGAAGAUACACGUGCAAUCGUCCUUCCAAAGUUCUUUUUACUGGAUAUUCUGCUGGCAAAUCGAGUGGUCACAGUGGGAGCGGCUUCAAUUACAUGUGCUUGCCGAAUCUACCGGAUACGGGCACCAUUCACAACGACCAGAACCAAGAAGGAAGUCUACUGUACGGACUCAACUAUGAAAAUUAUGGUUACAUCGGUAAUCUGUCGUCGAUCUCGAGAUAUGCCAUUCCGUGUGCGAUGUGUGAGGCUGAGAGAGGAGACGUCAUGACGCUCUACGGAACGACGUCUUGCCCGUCGGGAUGGAGAGAGGAGUAUCAAGGUUACAUCAUGUCGACGAGGUACAACCACCAGAAAGCGCAGUUUAUCUGUGUCGACGACCAAGCGACGUGGAGACCAGACAGACGUCGCGGAUCGAAUCAAGGCUAUUUGUACUUGACCGAGUCCGAGUGUGGCUCCCUGAAGUGUCCGUCCUACGUACAAGAUCGCGAGUUGACAUGUGUCGUUUGUUCUCCACUAACCCGCAGCGGCAGCGUGUACACUCGCUGGGGAAGAAAGUCGUGCCCUUCUGGGUCUAAUCUUAUUCAUUUUGGACAAUCGGUUUCGUCCCACUAUUCUCACAGCGGAGGUGGUGCCAACACCUUAUGCUUGUACGACGGCGACAAAGCAGACUAUCUCAACUAUAACGAUGGAGACAACGGUGGCGCUUAUCUGUACGGGGUCACGUACCAUACGUCGGGCUAUGGUCUCAACACUUUCAAAAUUGUUCAUGCACAUCGAGUGCCUUGUGCAGUCUGCUUUGCAGCCCAUGUCUAUAGCACACUCAUGAUACCAGCUGCAAUCUCGUGUCCUACAGGAUGGUUCGAGCAGUACACUGGCUACUUAUUCUCUGCUUACUACACACAUAAGAAAGAGGACUGGCUGUGCGUCGACGAGGCACCCGAAUCAAACGGUAAUUAUGGCUCCCUUCAGGCGGGAAUAUACCCAACAGAAAUCGAGUGUGGAAGCAUCAAGUGCGGCAGCGCAAUAAACGAAUAUUUGUCCAAUCACGAGUUGACUUGUACGUUGUGUGCGCCUGCUGUCGGAAAGGAGAGUUCGUUGUUUACACGAUGGGGACGUACUAUUUGUCCCAUUGGUUCUAAGGAGGUAUACAACGGAUUUGCUGCUGGUUCACACCAUAGUUACUCUGGCAGCGGGACGUCUGCAUUGUGCAUGCCAAAGACUGCAUCUUACAUAGAUUACAGCGGUCUCAACCAAAACGGAGGACUACUGUAUGGAUACGAAUACGAGACUAGCAGUAAUGCUCUCACCAGCUCUGCUUACAAACGCGUUUAUCAGAUGGAGGUGCCGUGUGUGGUGUGUGAUGCUCAACGUACAGCGUCUACGUUUACCCAUUUUGGUUCUCAAACUUGUCCUCGUGGCUAUAACGCUGACUACGUCGGUUACGCCUUCGGUCACUAUUACAGCCACUCGUCAACUGGAGAACACAUUUGUGUCGACGACCAGCCCGAGGGAUACAAUAACGGUCGUGGCACUUCAAAUGACAACCAAGGUAUGCUGUACCCCGUUGAGGUAGAGUGUGGUACCCUGCCGUGCCCGCCCUUUACUCAGAACAGAGAACUGCAGUGUGCACAAUGUAGCUUUGUAGGCAUAAACGACACGCGACCGAUCAACUGUGAGGUCGGCUAUUGGUCGUCUUGGAGCGCUUGCUCUCACACUUGCGGAAACGAAGGCAACCAGAUGCGUAAUAGAUCGAUUCUCGUUGAGGCCAAGUAUGGAGGCAGAGAAUGCUCUCCGGAGCUCGAACAGGUACGCCAGUGCAACGUAGUACCGUGCCCUGCUCCGCCGUUUAAACCAGGUCAGAGUGGAACGAGCAACGAUUGCCCGACUUCCUACGUCAGAUGGGGAAGAACUCAAUGCCCAGGAAAUUCAACAAAGUUGUAUUCGGGUUAUGCAGCCAGCUCAAAUGAUGGCCAUUCGGGCAGUGGCUUCAAUCGACUGUGUAUCCCCGAGAGGCCAGAAUUCGGACUAGUUCACUACGACAAGUCUGCAUCUACUGGUUACUUGUACGGACAAGAGUAUGAAACGAACAGCUACGGUCUGAGAAAUUUUUCACAGCUCGCCAAUUAUCCCGUACCUUGUGUUGUGUGCGAGGUCAAUCAAGGACCGGUGUUACAAGUGCCGGGGACUCUCGUUUGUCCUUCAGGCUGGGUUACCGAAUAUCAAGGUUAUCUCAUGGCUAAUUGGUACAGCCACUACAGAGGCGAGUACGUUUGCGUCGAUAAAGAAGCGGAGAGAGUGCCGGUGUAUCGAAACAACAACAACGGACGGUGGUAUCCCACCGAAACGGAGUGUGGCGUGUUGAACUGCGGCGACUCGUUCACGCAAGAUCGAGAGCUGCCGUGUGCGGUGUGCACUCCGUCGGGUACGGAUUCCGGUUCGGUGUACACACGCUGGGGUCGUACCACGUGUCCCGUCGGCACCCAGAUAGUUUACUCCGGUCAAGCAGCGGGGCCGCGCCAUUCGAACUCGGGCAGUGGAGCUAACAGUCUGUGUCUAACUUUGAAUCCGGUGUACGGCGAUUCGAAUGAUCAAAACCAGAACGGUGCGUUUCUGGGUGGUGCUCGAUACUACACGUCCGGUUACGGUAUUCCUCGCUUCUAUUCCGUGCAUAACCACAGAGUGCCUUGCGCCGUCUGUUUUGCACCAAAGAAGAUGUCCAACUACAUGCAGCCCGGUAACACCACUUGUCCGUCUGGCUUUCACCGAGAAUACGCCGGCCUUCUGUUUGCUGCCUAUCACUCGCACAACAAGCACGACUGGAUGUGCGUCGACGAAAACCCCGAAUCGCUCGGUUACUCGUCGUCUUCGUUUGGUCAAUGGUAUCCGACCGAAGUACGAUGCGGCAGCAUUCAAUGCCAGGACCAAGAAGGCGGAUAUCAGCAAUACAGAGAAGUGAGUUGCUCUGUCUGCUCACCCGACACGACGCGAACGAGUAGCAUCUACACGAGGUGGGGAAGAAGCGACUGCCCGGUCAACAAUCGCAAGGCAACCGAAAGCAUAAUCGUACAUCGUAGCAUGUCGAGGUAA